UAACUCAGCUGACGCUCCCGAGGCUUAUGCUGUAUGCUUGCUGCCACUGCUCAAUCACACAUUUCUAGAGGUCAGCCUACUGGCAGUUUGUUACAAGUUCGAGGAGUCAACCUACUCGCAGUCUGUUUCAAUGAAAAUGUAUGGCAUAGACAAGGACCGACAUUUCAUACAUCUUCAUUGUCUGUGGAUUGUCGGCUAUGUUGCCUCCUCCCCCCUGCAUUCCAUUCCUGUCCCAAUCUCUUGCAAUGUGGGAAACCAAGCCAUCCUUCCCUGCAAGUGGAAGUCCCAGCUAGACAACGUCCCAGUUUGCCAUGUCCAGUGGCAGACACCUGAUGAGACCGUGUUUGAACAGAUGGGGGCGCAACGGUGGCAGGCAACCGAGUUUGAGGGGCGGGCGGAGGUACCUGAGGAAAAGCUGUGGGGGGGAGACUGCUCUCUGAUCUUGAGUGACGUGCAGUUUGGGGAUGUGGGCCUUUACGAGAGCUUCAUGGUGGUUGACAGGGCACGUAAUAAGAGGCGGGUGUUCAUCCAGAGUGUCCAGCUCUCAGUCCAUGACCACACGUCCGAGGUGUCCUUGAGGGUGGGUAAAACCCUGUCCCUGAAGCUCCACACUCCCCAGGCCAUGAAAGUGGUCUUCCAGGGGAGGAACAGCACAGAGUUGACGGUCCUGUGGAUGAGGGGUGAAGAGGUCAACAGGGGUCGUCUUGAGGAGGCUGRAGGGYUUGUGGUCCUCAAAGGGUUGAAAAUAGACGACUGUGGGACCUAUACCGUGUUGGAUUCCCAUGGGCUGCCGGUUAGCACGGUUCAUCUUACAGUGGAAGCAUAUCAGGUUGAUGAAACUCAAAAUUUCCAUCAGAUCCAGGUCAAACCAGCACCUGUAGGUAAAUCAACAUAUAACAGGUCCUCCUCUCUGSUUAUGUUAUUURUCCUGCUGUUCAGUCCCCUGAUUCAACAUCUCCUCUAACAACGAUCUUGCCUCUUCCAUUUUUUGUGGUAAUGCUGCAAUUAAUUGGUUGUAAUUUUGGGUAGAGCAGACAUUUCCAU